AUAAGUACAAGAGACAAGUUUCAAUCUUUAUACAUUCAAAAGUUAAUUAGUCUCUACUUUGUAAUAGGGUGCAUAGUGCAUAUAAUGGACAACUUUGAAUAUGUAACCGAGCCAGUAAGUCCAAGUGGACAAUACUUCAACACACCACCCCUAUGUUCAUAUGUUUUCGGAUUUUUGGAAUCACAAAUUCCAAUUGAUGAUUCUCAAACUAUGUAUUUGUUCCAACAUGUCUUCUUACCUAUCAAUCCACGUUUCUCCUCCAUAAUGGUGAGAGACAAAGAUGGCAAAAUGAAAUGGAAAAAGGUAGAGGUGAAGCCUGAAGAUCAUAUGCACGUUCCAAUAUUCCCUAAAAGUGAAUCAAUUGAAUUGUAUGAUCAAUAUUUUGAUGAUUAUGUGUCAAAGAUUAUGAUGGAAAGAACACCACAAGACAAACCCCUUUGGGAAAUCCAUUUGAUUAAAUAUCCAACAAGUAAUGCUGAAGGAACUUUGAUAUUCAAACUUCACCAUGCACUUGGUGAUGGUUACUCUCUCAUGGGUGCUCUUCUUUCUUGUCUACAAAGAGCUGAUGACCCUUCUCUUCCUUUGUCUUUUCCUUCACGCAAACCAUCACAAUUGUUAUCUCCCAAGAAAGGUUUUUUCAAGUGGUUUCCUUCAACCAUAUUCUCCUUUUUCAAUUCCUUCUCUGAUUUUGGAUGGAGCAUAGCCAAAAGCUCAAUGCUUAAAGAUGACAAAACACCUAUAUGGAAUGGUGAGGAAGGAGUUGAGUCUCAACCUUGUGUACUAUCAAACCUAUCAUUCUCUCUUGAUGAAAUCAAAACAAUUAAGUCUAAGCUUGGAGUGACAAUAAAUGAUGUGAUUACUGGUGUCAUUUUCUAUGGAAUUAGGCUAUACAUGCAAGAAAUGGACAAAAAGGCAAGAACAUCAAAUUCCACAGGAUUGGUAUUGCUUAGUACUAGGAAUGUUGGAAGUUACCAAUCAAUUCAAGAUAUGACAAAGGCAGAUUCAAAAUCUCCUUGGGGGAACCAUAUUUCUUUCUUACAUGUAUCAAUCCCCAAGUUAAGCAAGGCCAGUCUAUCUAACCCCUUGGAGUUUAUUUGGAAAGCACAAAAAAUAAUCAAGAGGAAGAGAAAUACUUUUACUGUUUUUCUUAUUGAAUGGCUCUUAGAUAUGGAGCUGAAAUUAAGAGGACAUGAGGCAGUUGCUAAACAUAUCUAUGAUACCUUGAGAAAUUCAAGUGUUGUCAUAUCCAAUUUGAUUGGGCCAGUGGAACCUAUGGCUUUGGCAAACCAUCCUGUGAAAGGCUUGUACUUUACAAUGACAGGUGGACCUGAGAGUAUAAAUAUUGCAGUUAUGAGCUAUACAAGAAUAUUAAGAAUUACUUUGAAAACACAGAAAGGUUUUAUUGAUGAGCAAAAGUUUAAGUUUUGCAUGGUAAGAGCCUUUGAGGUCAUAUCCAAGGCAUCAAUGGAGAUUCCCAGCUAAAACAAAGAUUAAUUAAACCAUCUAUAAAUAGAGGGCCAAGGGAGGCUUAGUUUGAAGAUAAGUUCUAUUAUUUGUCAAGACUAUUUUCAACAAUAAGUUAGAAACCUAAAUGCUAUUCUAAUUUAUAAUAACUCUAUCUAUGUUUUAUGUGACAUAGGUUCUAGGCCAUAUGCUUGCCCUAAUGAGCUACAGAAUCCAACCCAUCUAAUUAUUUAUUCAACAUAAAAGUUUAAAUAUAUUUAUAGUACUUGUAAAGUGUCAUAAUUUCAUUUUUCGCCCAUAUUGUAAAUUGUUUUGCAAACUUUUAGACACUAUAAAUAUAAGAAUUAUAUUUUUUAUUCUU